CGCGCAUGCUCAGUACGGAAGGGCGGUGUUGUUUUUCGUUCUUUAUUGAAGCGGGCCGGCGGUGGAUCGGGAUCGGGAUCGGGAGGGGUCCUCACCCUCGCCCCUUGGGGCCGGGAGCCGGGGACGGAUUAUUCUCUGCGGGGCGACACCAAGAAUUUCCUUUCGAGACUGGACGGACGUUUAUAAGAUUACGAGAGGGACAGAGUGGAUAGACGUGUGGUCGGCAGAGAGACAGGCUACAGUGGGAUCUGGCGCAGCUGCAAAUACUGAGCUGCAAAUUGCAGAUGCAGCAGAGAAGCCGCUCCCUGCUCCGAGGAAUGCCUGCGUGUCAGAAUUUGCCCUGCAGGCAGGCAGCAGCUUGCACACAGAAAAUUGCACUGUGAAUCUCACAGAGCAGCAACAUCGGCCCCUCCCCCAUAGUUACUAAAUGGCCCUCGUCUGAUGGUCUGAUGUAAAACUAGAAGAAAACGACUUGAAAAUAUACCCACAGGGAGACUAAACGUUCUUAGUGAAUUAAGUUAGACCUGCGGUGAGAGAUUUAUUGGAAGAAAAGCCGACAGCUGGAAAGUCACGAAUGAGAACGAGGGAACAGCGACAAGUGAACCAGCCCGAGGACUGAGAGUACCAACUGAAGAGAACCCUCUGACUCAGAGUUUUCAUUGAUUCAGUCAGGAGAAAGUUUGAGCCUCACCAGCAGGUGGAGCUGUCCUGCAGAGCGACCAAAGUGUAAACAAGACGACGCCAAUCAACAAUCGCCAGUCAGAAUCAGAAUGGACAAAGUAUGGAACGUAUUGAAGAGGAUUUUACCAGGCAGAUCAUCGAGGGAAGAUGAUCGGGACAAGGGAAGCAAGGUACCAAAGCAGGGUCAGAUUGAGAGCGGUGUCCCAAUGGAAUCCGGUCCGGCCGCAGAGAAGGAGGAGAAAAUUCAGCCCAGAGACAGUGACGUCAGGGACACUGAUCCGGACCCUGGAACCGGCACAAGUGAGGCGACUAUCUGUCAGCCCAGAGACAGUGACGUCAGAGACACCGAUCAGGACCCUGGAACCGGCACAAGUGAGGCGACUGCCUGUCAGCUCGGAAGCUCAUUGAACACAGGACUGCCAAGUCCCAAAGAAGGAUCGGAGCCAGAGUUUACAAUCUCCGACCUCCUGGCACAGGGGGAGGAAUAUCGACUGUACCACCUGACAAAGUUCUACAGGGACAGACUCAAACAAGCAAUUGAAGAAAAGGUUGAGAGACUGGGUUGGAUGUUGACAAAGGAGGGACAUUUCAGUAGAGAAGAAAAUGAGAAAGUCACUGAACUGACAGAGAAGGGAAACCGGGCAGAGAGUUCCAGACUCUUCCUCAGUCUGGUGAAUGGCAAAGGCUCCCGGGCCCGGAGGGCGAUGUGGGAAUCCUUUCUGAUGUGGAGGACUGAGUUACCGAAGUUGGACAAAAUACUGAGGGAAAUACAGGAACUCGGUCCUGAUCCACAAGAAUACAUGAACAUCGGCCAAGGUUUAUCUGAAUUACCCACUCAGCUGAUAGAUGUUCAACAGAAACACAAGGAGACUCUGCGGGCACAAACUGAAACACUGAGAGUGAACAGGAUCCUGAUGACGGAGAAGGUGAAGGUUUUCCAGCUGGCUGAUCGAUACGCUGAGCUCACGGUCAUUUCUACUGUUCGAGAUCGGACACUGGUGGAACAUGAGCUGCUGGCAAGAGGCAGAGACCAUGAGGAUUAUAGAGAGGAACAACUCCGCAGACAGCUGGAAAAAAUCCGGACUGAUCAGUUAUUCCAGAGCAGCUUUUCCCGGAGUAAAUCCAAAUCUGGGAGUUCAGCAGCAGUGGCCGGAGUCCCGGGGAUCGGGAAAACUACGAUGGUACAAAAGAUUGUUUAUGACUGGGCCACGGGGAAAAUAUACCAACAAUUCCAGUUUGUCUUCAGUUUCAAAUUCCGAGAUUUAAACAGUAUUGACUGUCGAAUAAACCUGAAGGAACUGAUUCUGGAUCAGUAUCCUUACUUUGGGAAUAUCCUGAGAGAAGUCUGGAAGAACCCAGAGGGAUUACUGUUUAUAUUUGAUGGUUUGGAUGAAUUCAAACACAAAAUCGAUUUUGCGGACAGUCGGAGAGAUACAGAACCAAAGCACCAGUGCCCAGAUCCCGAGUGGUGGUGUGAAGUGUCUGACAUUGUGUACAGUUUAAUCCAGGGCAAGCUGCUCCCAGGGUGUUCAGUGCUGGUGACCACCCGUCCCACUGAGUUACAUUUGUUGGAAAAGGCGAAUAUCAGUGUCUGGGCUGAAAUCCUGGGAUUUGUUGAUGAGGAACGGAAGGAAUAUUUCAUCAGACAUUUUGAAGAUCAGACGGUGGCGGAAGUUGUUUUCAAUUAUGUGAAGGAGAACGAGAUCCUGUACACCAUGAGCUACAACCCCUCCUACUGCUGGAUCCUCGCUCUGGCACUGGGCCCCUUCUUCACACAAAGAGUCAGGGACCCACAGCGAGUUCCCAAGACCAUCACCCAACUGUACUCCUACUAUAUUUAUAACAUCCUGAAAAACCACGGCCGUGAGAUUGAGAGACCCCGUGAUGUGUUUCUCAGGGUUGGUCAGAUGGCCUUCAGAGGAGUGUCCGAGAAGAAGAUUGUGUUUACAGAUGGAGAUUUGGUCAGCUACAGUCUGCAGCCUUCCCAGUUCCUGUCCGGGUUCCUGAUGGAGCUUUUGGAGAGAGAGGAUUCUGCCUGGAGCGUGGUGUACACAUUCCCACACCUCACCAUCCAAGAGUUUGUAGCUGCAGUCGCACAAUUCCUGACUAUACAUCCCAGGGAAAUCCAGAAAUUCCUGACUGAUACACACAACAGGAGAGAUGGACAAUUUGAGGUAUUUUUCCGUUUUGUUGCUGGUCUCUCCAACCCAAUGACAGCUCGGGGCCUGGAGGAGAUUCUGGGUCCAUUUCCUCAUGAAACAACCUGCCGGGUGAUUGACUGGGUGAAGGAGGAAGUUAAACGCCAGAGUGGAAACACGGGGAGUGAAGCUGGUAAAAGGAGCCUCCUGAACACAUUGCACUACCUGUUUGAGUCUCAGAAUCGUGGACUGGCUCAGGACGCACUGGGAUCUGUGAAAACACUUUCAUUCCGUGGAAUGACGGUGAACCCGAUUGACUGCGCGGUCCUGUCUCAUGUCAUCGGACACUGCGAUACAAUAAAACAUCUCGACCUGGAGGGCUGCCACAUUCAGUGUGAAGGAAUCCAGCGGCUGGGUCCCGGGCUGCACAAGUGCCAGGAGCUGAGACUGAACGAUAAUAAACUGGGGGAUUCAGGAGUGAAACUGGUGUCUGCGGCUCUGAGGAACCCGGAGUGUAAAAUACAGAGACUGUGGCUGAUCCGUGUCGGUCUCACAGAUUCUGGUGCCGAGGAUCUCGUCUCCGCUCUCAGUACAAACCCAUCACUGACUGAUCUGAACCUGAGUCGUAAUAAACUGGGGGAUUCAGGAGUGAAACUGGUGUCUGCGGCUCUGAGGAACCCGGAGUGUAAAAUACAGAAACUGUGGCUGAGGUAUGUCGGUCUCACAGAUUCUGGUGCCGAGGAUCUCGUCUCCGCUCUCAGUACAAAACCAUCACUGACGGAACUGAACCUGGGAUCAAACUCUCUGACAGACCGAUCUGUCCCCGCUCUCCGCCGCCUCAUACUGACCCACCCGAGUCUGAAGCUGAUCCGGUGAGUGUUUGUGUUAAUG